AUGCAAGCGAUCAAGAGGAUGGCUUCGACUUCAAACAUUUACAAGUCACCGGCUCUGACUUUUGAGCUCGUUGCAAAAUGCUCCACAACUAGGGCGCGAGCUUCGAUACUGACGCUGCCUCAUGGGCCGGUUCAGCUUCCUAUGUUCAUGCCUGUGGCUACUCAGGCCUCUCUCAAGGGUAUCACUCCUGAACAACUUGAAGAGACAGGCUGCCGUUUGUGCUUGAACAACACAUACCACCUUGGUUUGAAGCCGGGACAAGAGGUUCUUGAUGCCAUCGGUGGAGCUCACAAGCUUCAAGGAUGGAACUACAACAUCCUGACUGACAGUGGAGGCUUUCAAAUGGUCAGUUUGCUCAAGCUUGCGACCAUCACAGAGCAGGGUGUCGAGUUUCUGAGCCCCCACGAUGGCACACCUAUGCUCCUCACCCCCGAGCACUCCAUGUCGUUACAAAACAGCAUCGGUAGCGACAUUAUGAUGCAGCUCGACGAUGUCCUUGUCACAACUUCACCUGACAAGGCGCGCAUGAGAGAAGCUAUGGAGCGCAGUGUGCGGUGGCUAGAUCGCUGCAUAGCAGCACACAAGAAGCCCGACACGCAGAACCUCUUUUGUAUCAUCCAGGGUGGUCUAGAUCUUGACAUGCGACGAGAAUGCUGCCGAGAGAUGCUGGCUCGCGACACCCCCGGCAUAGCCAUAGGAGGCCUCAGCGGCGGUGAGGCCAAAGCGGAUUACUGCAAGGUCGUAGAGGCUUGCACAGCACUGCUCCCUGAUCUCAAGCCGCGGUAUGUUAUGGGCAUUGGUUAUCCUGAAGACCUGGUGGUGAGCGUUGCUCUCGGCGCCGACAUGUUCGACUGUGUGUGGCCAACGAGGACAGCUCGAUUCGGCAACGCCGUCACCAAGCAUGGCGUUCUCAACAUGCGCAAUAAGAAGUACGCAGCCGACUUUGAGCCCGUCGAGGAGGGUUGUGGCUGCAUGAUCUGCAAGCCGUCCGCUGAUGGAGGGAUGGGUGUCAGCCGAGCCUUUGUGCACCACAACGCCUCCAAGGAGACUGUGGCUGCUCAUCUACUGACGAUACACAAUGUGUACUACCAACUGAACCUCAUGAGGCAGAUCCGAGAGGCCGUCAUCGAGGACCGUUUCCCAGCUUUCGUGCGACAGUUCUUCGCAUGGUUAUACUCUGAGAAGACUGAGUAUCCGGACUGGGCAGUCGGCGCACUGAAGGGAGUUGGUAUAGAUUUGACAACGGAAUAG